CUGACAGAUUAAUGAGUUCCAAACUAAAUUUUGCAAAGCUAGCCAAAGCAAAAGAAGAUCUUAAAGAGGCUGCCUUGCUUAACAGAAGUGAAGAAAGGGGGGUAAAAAAAAAUUAAAGAGAAUGUACAAAUGGCAAAAGUAUGGAACCACUUUCAUUGAUAUAUGCAGCUAGAUUUUCAUAAAACGUGUCUGGUUUACCUCAGUAGAAGAGUUUUUUGUGGGUCUCUUUCUUUAGGCCCCCCAAAAAAUUGAGCACAAAUUAUUCAAUGCUAAAGCUAACUUUAGCCCCCAAUCCACCCAUGUAGCUAUUAGCCCACCUCUAUAUCUCUCUCAUUUUGUUGCCUUGCCCCUUAACCAGGGAAAUUUGUAGCUCAAAAUCAUACCUAAUUGUCUGUUUUAUGAUCCAUUUCUUUCUGGGUUGUACUUCUCCUUUUCUGUUUGGUCCACUUUUAUGGUGCUGUGUUCCUGAAAUUGAAGCAUUGUGUUCUGUUUUGAGUCUUUUUGCCAUUAGGUUUCAUUAAAGAAAACAGAAUAUUCCUCCAAAAAAAAAAAAAAAAAACAGGUAGCAGAGGGGAAGAUCAUAUAUGGAUUAGUUAGUUAAAUUCUAUGGUGAUCAAUCAGGUAGAAAUUUGAGUAAAAUGGAUUUUCACAAUUCUGCUGUGUUCAAUGGGAAAUCAGUUCAAGUACGCCCUGAUUUAGCAAAAACUUCUUCACUUUCUAAGAAGUUCAUCAGAAAGAGUCCAGGAGAUUUUGUUGAUUCUUCCUGGCCUAAUAAUGAGUUUAACAAGCAGCAGGAAGGAGGUGGAAGAAGCAAUUCCAUCAUGACUUCUUCUUCUUCAACAAAUCCGGCAAAAAGACAGAGAGCUUCUUCUUCUUACCCGAAUUCGCAGAUUAGCCGUUGCCAAGUUGAGGGAUGCAAUAUUGAUCUUUCAUCGGCCAAAGAUUAUCACCGGCGACAUAGAAUUUGUGAGUGUCAUUCCAAGAGCCCAAAAGUCAUUGUUGCUGGAAUGGAAAGAAGGUUUUGCCAACAAUGUAGCAGGUUUCAUAAUCUGGCGGAGUUUGAUGAUAAGAAAAGAAGCUGCAGACGGCGUCUUUCCGAUCAUAACGCCAGGCGUCGCAGGCCGCAGCCUGAAGCAAUGCACUUGAGCUCAGUGGGAAUGACUGCUUCAAUCUAUGAAAGGAGGCCUCCAAGUUUUUUGCUUAACAGGUUGGCUUCUUCACUGUCUACUACUACGUGGGAGAGUUCUUGUAGCUUGAAGAUGACACAUCAUUCAGGUAAAAUUUGGAUUCAUUUUCGUACUUCUCUUCGUUUAAAAAAUGAUUCAGAAAAUGUUGGGUAGUACGUAGGUAGAACAGAGUUUGAACAUCAUGGUUCCAGUUUAAUUCAGUGCCGAAUAUAAAACAAAUUAUCUUCCAACACUGAAAAUGAAUAAAAAGGAUUCUUAUUUUAGGACGGGCGUGACAAUACUGUUAUAUCUUAAUCAGUAUUUGUUCUUCAUCCCUUCUCCGGUCCAAAUGUUAUUGUCAAUGCAACAGUUAUAUUCUAAAGUUGUAGGACAAACUAAACCGAAUCAGAUUUCAACCCUCUAACUUCUAAUCAAAAUUAUUUGUGAUCAACUUGACUUCUUUUGAAUGUGAAUCAUUUUAUUGAUCAGUAAUUGAAUGUAUAUCCGUGGUUGUGAUGUUUUUCAGGCUUAUUGAUUAAGUACAGGGAUCAAUCAUCAAUCUUGUUAAGUUACUCUUAUUUAAGCAUCAGUUUUUUCAUUUUCCCUCGAACCAUUUAUGCUACAUUUGAGGGAGUUUCUCUGUUGGUCUGAAUAUAUGUGUAAAACUUAACAUGUCACAUUAGUUCAACAAUGUCAAUUUCGAACUUUUAACCGAGCUUUUUGAUUAAGUUGUGAUGGACUAGGCUUUUUUUUUUUUUUUUGUAAAAUCUAAUAUAUAGGGGUACAAAGUGUUCAUCUUUUGCUGCUGUUAAUAUUCUUGCAGGUGAAGGAUCUGCAGCCCAUUCUUACCUGAAUGAAGCACCAACUCUGCCGCGUGCUCUCUCUCUUCUGUCAGCUACUACUAGUACUACUACUACUUCUAAUCAUUGGGGAUUGAAUCAACCUGAAUCCACCUCUCUGCAAGAUCCAUUUAUGCAAGCAACCGCCACCAUGAUGGCGCAGCCGGUAAUGCAGCCGGAAUCGCUGAAUUGGCCUGUCAUUUCAGUAGCACAUGUUCCAGCAGAACAAGCACAUUCCAUAUCACCUUUGCAGUGAAUCAGUGGCAUUGUUGCUUUAGUUUUCUGAUAGCUAGCUCUUUCCAAUAUGUUAAAGCUUCCUCUCUCUCUAUUUUUUUUUUUUUUUGGGUUUCCCCCCAGUGGUUCGCUGAAUAAUCUAAAUUAAGCUGGAUGUUUUAUGAAAUUGGUUUGUUGAUCAAACUGGAUGUUUUUUGCUUCUCUUUGAAAUUUUAGUCAUCAUGAAAAAUUGGAAAAUUAUGCAGAAUGAUCCAUAAUUCCUGUAUUGGAGACACCUUUUGUGUGUCAUACCGUCCAACAUCGUUAUCAGGUUGGACGUUUAGUGUUGUAAGGUUUUAUUCCG